AAAUAAAUAAAUAAAUAAAUAAAUAAAAAUAAUUGGCUUAAAAGAUUAUUUGUUUGGUUUUCUUAUGUUUAUACGAUGAGUGUCAUGGUUAUCUCUUACAUACGCACUCAUACAUCCCUUAUAAGCAUAUAAAUAUUUAAAAACAUGAAAUGUCAACGAAAUGAAAGUCAAUGGCUAUGGUUAUGCGUUUAGAAUUUACAUCACAUUUCGUACAAAUGCCUGAUGGGCUUUUAGAGGCUUACGUUCUAUCCUACUCGGUGCAUGCAUACAAUAUAUAAAGUGAAAAGCGAAAGAACUGUUUAAGAGUAAUUUUUUCUUAAAACACUUUAAGAUGCGUCGUUGUUGUCAGGUUUGUGAUAACGAUUAACCAGAGACAUGAAUAUGCAUAUAAAUGAAGAAUAUAUCGGCCGUAUGUACGAGCGUAUAAUAUGAAUGGAGCUCAACUACUAUGACCCAGGAUACAUCUUAUUGUCUAUGCAUCAUGAACAAAAUGUCAUUUGAUUAUUUGAGAACAUGAGUGCAUUAAAAUUGUAUACAAAAUUUUCUAGUUAGUAAAUGCUGGUCGAAUUCGAAUGCAAAUAUAAAUCAGAGCAACAACAAAUAAUAACAAUAUUUUUUUUGUUAUUGUUAUAACAUAAAAAUUGCUACGCAAUAAUGGGUGAUUUACAAGCCACAAUAGAAUUUUCGGUUGAAUUAUAUAAAUUCUUUAAUGUGGACUUAUUUCAAAGAGGAUUAUAUCAAGUGCGAUGUGGUCUAAGAGUUUCACCCAGACUGCCCGUGCAAGUGGAGAUGAGUAUACCCGAGACUACAUCUAAUGGCCAGCCAGCAAUACAACCGAUACCAAAUGGUGGCGGGGUUUGUAGUAGUGUUGGAGAUAGUACUACUACUACUACUGUAACAGUCAACAAUAACAAUCCCACGCCCAGUAGUGGCAGUAAUGCAAGUAAUAUCACUGAAGCAGAACUUCGAGGAGAUCAUCAACAUCAACAUCCUCAUCAGCAGCAGCAGCAGCAGCAGCAGCAGCAGCAACAGCAACAACAACAACAACAACAGCAGCAACAGCAGCAGCAACAGCAACAACAACAUCACCAACAAGAAUCACCACUCAACAAUUCGCUGAUACUAUCGAACACAGCCAGCAUAAUUAAUGGGGCGGGCGCCUCGCGUGUAUUCCAGAUACUCUAUCGCAACGAAGAAGUGUCAUUACGUGAUGUUAUAUACUUUCGAACACAUCUAUUAGUUGAUAGUCGCCACUUGAAAGAGUCCAUAGAACGUGCCGAGUUUUCAUUACAAUUGGAAUUGUGGUUUACUGAACAGAAUGGCUCAGCAAAUAGUCUAACAUUGGCAUCAACUCGUACAUUACAAUUGAAUUUUCAUCCAGGACGAGGACUACAUUAUCAUUUGCCGGUAUUAUUCGACUAUUUUCAUUUAGCUGCCGUAAGUGUGGGAAUACAUGCCAGUCUAGUGGCAUUACAUCAGCCAUAUAUAAAGAAAUCACUGUUUCAUAUUAUUAAAUUAUGUGCUCCAAAAAACUCGAAGGCUUGGAUAAGUAGUGGUAAGUUAAGCUGCCGUGGUAGCAUGUCUCCUGGGCCUUUGGAAGCUGUUUUCUUCGGCCCUCAAGUGGUAAGCACUACAAAGUGUAGCGGCGGACCGGCUGGUCGUUUGUUACAAUCCCGCCAAUUAUACCAAGAAAUUUGUGGUCUACUUUUGGGAGCGAUAGAGAAUUUACGAAUCACCUUGAACGAAUUUAGCACAGUGCUGCCACCGAAUAUCAAUAACCAAAUUGGUUCGCCCCCUUUUCGAGAAAGUGAUACUAAUGAACGUAUGCAAAAGUUAUUAGAUCAGACAAAGAGUCACGAUACGGAGGAGGACUUUGCAAUUCGUGCCAAUUCAGAUAUCGCCCAGUUAUGUGCUGAAUGUAUAAUGCUAUGGCGUAGAGUACUUAUCGCAUCCACACAACCGUCUGUUCAUACAUUGCUUGCGAAGAAACAUCAUAUAUUACGAGUUAGACGCUUCUCGGAGGGUUUCUUUAUUAUGGAAAAUCCGCGUCAUACUGCAGCUGGUUGCUAUGACAGUAAUUAUCAAAAUUAUAUAACUAUAGCGGAAAUGGCUCGUCGAAGUCGAUACAUGCAAUUUCUGCCACCGCUGCCAGUUCACUGUACCUCGAUUGACGGCGAUACAAACUCGUUGCCUCUGAUAUUUGAAGAUCGUUACGUUGAACCUAGCAAAUUUUCCGGCAAACGCAUAGGCAGCGAUCCGCACUUGAAUCGAGUUGAUUCGCAAGUGAACGGAAGUCAAAAGUUGGCUUUUUCAGAAAAAACUCAAACGACUGUAAGUUGUAUUAAUGGACGUAAGACGUCGAAUAACAUAAAAGAAUGCUCUUGUGGAGUGAAUUAUGAGUAUAACAGUAAAUCUGGUGGCAAUAUGGGUGGCGUUCUACCGCCUCGUUUCGCUGUAGGAGGGGAGGUACUACAAGCUAGUCUAACCAUAGCCCCUACGGCAUUGAGUAAACAAAUUGUGGGUAGUCUAAAUCAUCGCCAUAUGUCAAGACAUUCGGUUAACGGUCUGUUAGAUGAAACCGGCGCUGAAACUGAGUAUUCGAGUGGUUUUUGCGAUGUAGGUAGCAAUGGGACAUUUCCUGCACGUCACAGCAAAUCCUUGGACCAAUUGGAUGGUACCGUUCAUAGUGCUCCCUCGCUAAGACUUAAUAAUGCAACGUUUAUAUAUCCUUCCAAGUUAUCAAAUACCGAGCUAAGACAGUACGCCACAUUCACCGAUUCAAUACAAAAUAACGGUCCAUCGUUCACCACGAAUGGCAGUGUAGCCGGCAGUCGCAAAAACAAAGUGGAAGCUGAAGAUUUAAUGCGUAAUAUAUCUGAGUUUCGCCAAAAGUACAAAAAUUUCGAGGGGACAUCCGCAAAAAACUAUAAUAAUCAUUCAAAUAGCAAUCAUUUCAAUUGUUACGACAAAACUACUAGCGGUAUGAACGGUGGUGACGGUACAUUAGGACGACAAGUGUCCGAACAUUCUCUUAAAUCAGGUAAAUUUGAUUACUUACAUGAAAUUAAGAUGUUGAAUCCGCCUAAACAAUUAAUGGAACACCAUCACACGUACUACAAUUCCCUGCCGAAAAGUAUAACAAAUGGCGAGAUAGUGCCAAGAAACUCUUAUCCCCCAAUAAAGGGACAACAGCAGAAUAGUCUUGAAAGUGGUAGUAAGACGCUGGCACGAACUAUCGUAUGGCCACAACAAAUAUCUAUACCACGUAGCAGUUCUUCUCAAGCUUUAAGGCAACAAACGAGCCAAGAGAAUGAGAAAAAUGCGAGUGCUACCAUACCGCGAUCUGUUGAAAUAGCGCGUGUGCGUGUCUCCGAUUUAAAGGAAAUGUUAAAAAACGGCAAUUUUCGCAAAGAUUCGAGCAGCUCGGAAAGCGAUAUACCGUCAAAGGUGAAGAAAGCGAAAGCUGAACAAAAGAUUCUCUCUUCCACCAGUGUACCAUUUAAGCUGAAUGCUACUACAAUCCAUGCAACAGAAGAAAAUGAACAAAACACUAUUGGUUUCAGCGAAUCACUACCAAAUCUCGCACCGCCUCCACAAUUCAUUACUCCACACGUUUUAAGCAAUUCAACAUCCUCGUUAAGCGAGGAAAGCGGUUGGGUAUCAAGUAGGCAUAGCUCUGUAGGUCCCUCCAGUCCAGAAACUUUGACUAACAAUGAUGAUAAAAAACGUCCGAAAGUAAUCAAUGAAAUGGAAACACGUUUAAAUGGUGAACAGUUACGUCUCAAAUUACAGAAGCUAUUGGAACAGCAAAAUAAAAGUAAGAAACAUAAAGACAGCCGCAAGGCGAACAAUAUCGUACAAGAAGGAUUGUUAAAUAAAAAAGUCGCUACAAUUACGGUAAAAUUAAAAUCUGAUCGUAGAGCGGUAAGAAACGUUCCGCCCUAUCCCGAAUCGACAGAAAUAGAAGAUUCCGACAUUUCACAUAUCCAGACGUUUCGAAAGGAACGCUACAGGAAGUCAGAGAAAUCAAAAUCGGAGAUCGACUUAUCAAGUAUUAAAGAAACGAAUUCCAUAACAAAUGUGAGAGUACCACCGCCACAGCAAUUUCAAGAUGAUUUACUACCACCGGAUGAGUUCCGAGAUCCACCUUUAGAAAUGGAUAACAAAAACAGGCAAAAUCUGCAACGAACAAAUGAAAAUGAACGAAGAAAGCUGUGCUUAAAAAGUUGUAACAUAAGUCCGCUUAAAUCGGCAGACGUGCCAGUAAGAGCAGACGGUUACCCAAAUCCUACUGUGCAUUCGUCACCUUCAAUUAUUGUGCCACCGGCACCACCACCACCGCUGAAAGAGAUACCACAACAUGCUCUCAAUUUGCGGCAACCGAUAGGAGCCAUAGAUAACCCCGUCUACCACAUAUAUGAAUCUUUAAAGCCAAUUACCACACCCGGUAUAUUCACUGACAAACCUGUUAUUCGAUCCCACAGUAUUUUAGAGAUUAAGCGAAAUAAAGAUAUAAACAACGGCUGCUCGCAGAUGACUAGCCUGGCUAAUGGCAAAGCGAAUUUAAUAGGCGGUUUUAGUAGCGUACGUAAUGACGGUCAAGUGUUAGCGCACUCUCAAGAUCAGAAUAUUAAUGAAGAGGAGAAUAAAGAGAAUGCAAAACAUGGAGUGGCCAGCAUUCAAGUGGUUAGAACAAGUUCAACGAAAACGAAAAAACGGAAUACAAACGAAUGCAGCAUAUCCGUGAUGGAAUUUGAAAAAUAUCGCGAAGAGUUUCGCAAACAACUUAAAUACAAUGGCAGCAUUUAUUCGGACUUUACUAAAUUAUCAUCGGAACUGCCCUAUUUUUAUAUUAGCGAUGAAUAUCGAGCCUUUUCGCCAAACGGCAUGCAUUUAAUAAUAUGUGUUCACGGUUUAGAUGGCAAUUCGGCCGACUUGCGGUUAGUUAGAACUUAUCUGGAAUUGGGCUUGCCAGGGGCCAAUUUAGAAUUUCUAAUGUCCGAACGAAAUCAAGGCGAUACCUUUUCCGAUUUUGAUACUAUGACUGAUAGACUUGUUGCUGAAAUUUUAUAUCAUAUCGAAACAUGUGGACUCAAUCCAACGCGCAUUUCAUUUGUAGCACAUUCAUUGGGAACAAUUAUAGUACGUAGCGCGUUAGCUCGACCACAAAUGCGUUCAUUAUUACCACGUCUGCAUACAUUCCUAUCGUUAUCGGGACCCCACUUAGGUACUUUGUAUAACACCAGCGGUUUAGUUAAUAUGGGUAUGUGGUUUAUGCAAAAAUGGAAAAAAUCUGGCUCACUACUUCAGCUAUGCAUGCGCGACACUAGCGAUUUACGCAAAACUUUUCUCUAUCGUUUAAGUCAACGUAGCACUCUACAUCAUUUUAAAAACAUCUUAUUAUGCGGCUCUAGUCAAGAUCGUUACGUGCCGGCGCAUUCGGCCCGAUUGGAACUAUGCAAAGCCGCCAUUAGAGAUAAUUCCAACUUAGGUACAAUAUAUAGAGAAAUGGUUCACAAUAUUAUCGCUCCGAUUUUGGCCCGCGCUGAAUUAACUCUUAUACGCUACGAUGUACAUCAUGCUUUACCGCAUACAGCGAAUACAUUAAUCGGUCGAGCUGCACAUAUUGCCGUUUUAGAUUCUGAAUUAUUUAUAGAAAAAUUUUUACUAAUCGCUGGCUUAAAAUAUUUUAGUUAGCAAAUUUGAAAGUAAAUCGUUUUCGAAGAUACUAUAACUUAUCAAAUUGAUUUAACAGGGUAAAAGGCGUAAAGAAUAAUAUACCUAGAAAUGCAUGAAGAAUUUAAAAUUUAAAAAUAUCUAGAAAUAAAGAAACAGAAGUAAAAUAUUGGGCUUAGACUGAAAUUAAAUGUAACCACCAUCAUCAUCGUCAUCGUUAUAGCUUAUCCCCAAACCCAAGCAAUUAAGCAUGAGAUCAUAAUUCUCUACGCUACGUAUUCCAUAACGUAAAUAGGAGAGAAAUCAAAACUUAUUGGAUUUUUUUCUUUUCAAACAAAAUUCUUCUUCAUAAAUAUUCCGAUUUGAUAAAAUUUUCCAUUCAAAUAAGAAUUCGGAAAAUGUUCAAAUCAUUUUCAAAUCUAAAAGCCGGCGACAUAAUAACUUUCAAAAGGUAUAUGUGAGGAUUUUAGACAAGUAUUUAUAAAAUUCUUGAAAAUCGCCAGGAAUAGCUUCGAAUCACUUCAGCUUAAUUUUUACCGUUAAUCGUAGUGAUUAGAUGAAAUUUUCAGGAGGAGAAGUCUUGAUAAGGCACUUGAAUUAGCUUCUCAUAUUAAAUGGAUCGAGCGAGAUAUACGAAUUAAUGUUAUCGGUCAAGAUCUUUUAUCUUUUCUUUAUCAAGAUCUUUUUUACAUUUUUUUCUUAUCAAAAAAAUUAUAGAAUAUAACCGAUCUC